AAGUCAAAAGUGUUUUCGUAUGACACUUGACAAAUAUAUUUAGAGUGUAUUUUAUUAUUCGAAUUAAUAUUUAGUGUAAAUGGAGCAAUUCAAUGUAAAUGAAGUUUAAUUUAAAUAUCUGAGAUUUAUUAUUACGUGAUUUGUAAUAUUAUUAGUAUCAAAAGAGGCUUGUGACUAAGAACUUAAGAAUGUCCUCAGAUAAGAAUGAUUGCAGUUUGGAGGAUGUGUGCGACUUACUAGAUAAACUAGCUUUAACACAGUUGCAUUUGAUGGAGGAUAAGAUGAGAUGUGAACUGGGAAUCGAAAGUAGUAUAAAUAAUGGUAGUAUUCAUUUGGCUAAGUCUAGAUAUAUUAUGGGACAGAGUUCAGUCAGCAAAGAGAGGUUACCAACGGAGAGCAGUCCUGAAUUCACAGCAUCAGUAGCAUGCAAUACCGUCGAAGAAGAUUACAUUAAACAAGUUAAAGUCGUUGAAACCCAAGGCGGCAUUAACCCCAUACAUUGGUUCGGGGUUUUAGUGCCUCAGAACCUCCACAAAGCGAAAGGUAUAUUCCAAAACGCAAUCAAUUUUGUUGUUGAAUGUGUUAAUAUCAACAUACAAUUGUUAGAGAACCUCGACAGUUAUAAUAUAUUAUUGAAGCAUAAAAAUAAUUUACUUAAACACAAAAAGGAAGAAUUAAAAUGAAAUGUAUGUUUUCAAUAAUUUAUUUUGAACAGUGACAACUGCUAUGUAAUUACAUCGUCCGUAAUACUGUACAAGCAUAAUGAUCAGUUGCGAGAACUACACAUCUAUUUAUUGGGAAACAUAAAAAAAUAUUUUUUUUUAAUUUAUAUUUUAAUAAAUUAACAGUAUAGAUGUACUUGAAUAAGUUGUAGAUCUUUAUAUAUCUUUAUGUGUAAUGGUGUUAACAUUUAAGGCAUAUAAUUCUGUUUAAUUUAUUUCUGAAUCCCAGUUAAAUUUAAAUAAAUACAUUUGAAAACAAA